AUGGACGACCUGAGGCAGGACGCGGUGAUGCAGCAGCUCUUCCGUUUGCUGAACGAUGUAUUUCAGGACACCCAGCUGUCGCUGCGCACAUUCCAGGUCAUCCCGCUCUCGCCCUGCGCAGGAGUCGCCGAGUGGGUGGAGCACACGACCACCCUCGCAGACAUCCUUUUCGGCCCUGUGGAGGGUGCGCACCAAAAGUACAGGCCGGAAGACUGGCUGCACCACCAGUGCAGACAGAAGAUGGUGGACGCCCUGCAGGCAGCCAAGAACGGUGACCGCCAAGCGCAGCCGCGCGCCUUCGCAGAGAUCUACCGCCACUUCAAGCCUGUCAUGCAUCUGGUGUUCCUGGAGAGGUUCCCAGCGCCUCAGGACUGGCAUGCGGCACGACGGGCUUAUGCGCGAUCGACGGCUGUCAGCUCCAUUGUGGGCUACAUCGUUGGUCUGGGCGACCGGCACGUGAACAACAUUCUCUUCGACAAGAGGACAGGUGAACUUAUCCACAUCGACUUUGGCAUCACGUUCGAGGCGGGGCGCCUGCUUCAGAUCCCGGAGAUGGUGCCUUUCCGGCUGACGCGCGACAUCGUCGCAGGUCUUGGAUGCUUGGGCAGCAGCGGCCUAUUCCGUCGAUGCUGCGAGUUAACCAUGGAGGUGCUCCGCGGGAGUUCCACACUUGUCAUUGCCGUUACCGAAGUCUUUGUGCACGACCCCCUCUACAAAUGGUCGCUCACGCCAAGCCGAUCGCAUUUGAGCGAGGAGCAGAAUGCAACCUCAGGCCCUCGAACGAUGCUCUCUGACGUGCAGGGCAAUGAAAUGGCCAAGAGAGCCUUGGUGAACGUGAAGGCGAAGUUGCUGGGCGAGGCUCAAGGCUUCGCCUCCCUAAGCGUCCCGGCGCACGUGGGCAGGGUGAUCCACGAGGCCACAGACACGAACAACCUGUGCAAAAUGUUCUACGGAUGGAGCCCAUGGCUUUGA